AUGGUCGAUACCGAAAACCACACUGCUUCCAAUGAUGCAGACGCUCAGCUUGCCGCCAUGGGCUACAAAGCUGAAUUACCACGUUCGUUAUCAUUCUUUUCUGUGCUCGGACUAUCCUUUGCCAUUAUGGCUGUGCCUUUCGGUGAAUCGACAACACUUUCUAUCGGUCUCACAAACGGUGGCCCUGUGACUAUCUUUUACGGUUGGAUAUUCAUUACUAUUAUUUCAAUAAUUAUUGCUGCAAGUCUCGCAGAAAUUUGUUCAGCAUAUCCAACAUCAGGAGGUGUCUAUUAUUGGUCCGCAAUUCUGGCAAACAAGAAAUGGGGAUCUCUUGCUUCUUGGACAACUGGUUGGUUAGGAAUUGUUGGAAAUUGGACAGUGACUACGUCCAUUUGUUUUUCUGGUGGACAAUUAAUACUAUCAGCUAUUGAUCUUUGGAAUGAAUCCUAUGUUCCAGCUGCUUGGCAUGUCGUCCUCAUGUAUUGGGCUGUCCUAUGUGUAGUAUUGUUAACGAAUAUCUUUGCUUCAAAACACUUAGAUUUUAUUAAUACUGUAUGUGUUUAUUGGACGGCUGCUUCUGUUUUGAUCAUACUCGUUACUGUGUUGUCUAUGGGAAAGGGAGGCAGACGAAGCGCAGCAUAUGUAUUUACUGAGUUUGAUGCAACAAGAGCUGGUUGGCAACCGGGUUGGGCGUUUUUCGUCGGAUUACUUCAACCUGCCUACACUCUCACUGGUUAUGGUAUGGUGGCAGCCAUGUGUGAAGAAGUUCAAAAUCCGGAGCGAGAAGUCCCAACAGCAAUGGUACUGUCUGUUGUUGCUGCUGGAGUUACAGGUAUCGUGUAUCUUAUCCCUAUACUUUUUGUCUUGCCCGAUGUCGAUACACUGCUUGCUAUACCAACUGGUCAACCAAUUGGUUACAUUUUCAUGACGGCAACAGGCUCAGCUGGUGGUGGCUUUGCCCUUUUAUGUCUUAUUGUUGUUAUUCAGUUUUUUGCUGGAGUAGGCUCCUUAACAGCAACCUCUCGGUGUCUAUACGCCUUUAGUCGAGAUGGUGCUGUGCCAGGUUCACGGAUUUGGGCAAAAAUCAACAAGCAAUACGAUGUUCCACUCAACGCUUUAUUAUUUUCCACUCUGAUUCAAGGUCUGCUCGGUCUCAUUUAUCUUGGCUCAUCAGCUGCAUUCAAUGCAUUUACUGGCGUGGCUACAAUAUGUCUUUCUGCUUCGUACGCAUUACCCGUUCUGAUACUUCUCAUUAGCGGACGUCAUUUAGUAGCUAAUGCUCAUUUUCGUCUUGGUAAAUUUGGCUACGCUAUCAAUAUCAUUACGGUUCUCUGGAUUCCACUGGCUAUCAUCUUGUUUACGAUGCCAACAGCAAUACCGGUGACGCCUUCAAGUAUGAACUAUGCCAGUGUGUUGUUCGUUUUCUUUGGUGGAGUCAGCGUUCUAUGGUAUGUCAUUAGUGGAAGAAAACAUUUCACAGGUCCACAUGUACCUACAAUUGAUGAAUUCGGAAAAAAACAGAUGUUGAACAUUGCUACUGUCAGUGAUGAGUUAGCUGAUCAAAACCGAUAA